GAAUCAACAAAGAUCAAAACAGAACUGAGAGUAAUACAGAAGAAAUAUAAAGAUUAUUAACUUGUAAUCCAAAAACAUAAUUUGAUGCAGUAUUGGAGCUUGUGGUGUGGCGUGCGGCAACUCACGAAUUCAGUGUCUUGUAUUUCAGUAUAGUUCACCACUGCUUGCCUAACUUUUACAAUUUGGUCUAAUUACACUAAGUUCGGACAAAUUGUUUUUCACCCACAGAGAAAUUCAUAACUUUCGGAAUGAGUAUUUCGCUUCUUAUUUUUUGUUCUUCCUGCUAGCUUAUAUGUGUGCUGGGUAACAUUUCGGUGUAGGUAGUGAGGUUAUAUUUCUUUGGAAGAUAAAUUGCCAUGUAAUUCUAUACAUAUAAUUAGUAUUAAUGAAGGUCAAUACAGCGUCUAGUCUAUCACCUUGACACAGGACUUCCCUUUCUUUGCCGUAACAAAACUUUUGUGGUAGAUAGGUACCUCUUCCAUGUAUGCUAAAGGUGAAGGUUUCCUCCAGAACUUUGGUAUUAACACAUUGUAUCACAUCCCAGAUGACCACAGUCUUAAUAUUCAUUAUUGAGAUGUCCCCAGAUCUCAUACUAGAAGAGGGACUAGAAUUUCCUUCUGUAUGUUUUGGAGGCAUACAUUCUUCUUACCCAUGAACAUGACAAAGUGUACUGAUUCACAUAUAAGCAAAAGGAGAAGUGUGACAGUGAAUAGUGGCUGGUGAGGAAAGAAAACAGAUUUUUUCCUCUCUUUGAUAUAUUGAAUAACAGCUGUGACAUUUUUCACAAUGUGAAAAUUAAGUUGGUGACAUUUUUCCUUUGGAUACUUCAGUACAAUACUGUUACUUAUAAUUUAAAGUAAACAAUGAAUUAGGUUUGUCUGCCUGUAAUAUGGAUGGAAUAGGAGAGAAUGUUUCUGAAGAAGCUAAAGCUUCAUUUUGGAAGAAAAAUAUAAAGGCAGUUCCAGGAAGGCCAAGUCCAAAGAAAGACCCAAGAGGGAAUCGACAGCGGAAUUCAAGUUCAACCUCUUUUCAAGACUUUCAAGAUAGUGUUAGUGAUGCCUGGGACAUAGGGGAUGAUGAAUUCUGCAUCAUUUCAGAUGUGAAAAUUUCCAAGAAAGUGGCACAGUCAGCUGCCUUGAGUGUAUUAAACAGUCAUCGGUGCCCAUCUGCUGGGGAGACUUCACCUGCUUUGAAGCCUUGCGACUUUACAGUGUCUGAGGAAAAGAAGAUAGAGGCACUGCAGUAUUUAGCAUCACACAGAGACCCACAGAUGGCCUCUCCUGCACACUGCACUUCCACACCUCAAGUGCCAAAUUCACCCCAUUCACAGAGGCAAUUUCCAGGACGUCCACAACCUCUGCGAGGCAAUACAGGAAGAUCUAAGUUUCAUAUUCAAUCCCGUGAAGGAGCCGAUUGUGAAACAAGUAAGCUUGAAAGAUUUCAGCCUCUGCUGGAAACUCAACUGUUGAAUCUCGAAGAGUUGCGACAACUAAGUUGGUCAGGAAUUCCUGUGAAAGUGCGAGCUAUUACUUGGCGCCUUCUCUCGGGCUAUCUCCCAGCAAACUUUGAACGAAGGCAGCAGGUAUUAGAAAGAAAGAGGUUGGAUUACCGGAAUCUAGUGAAACAGUAUUACGACACCGAGCGAGAUGAGACUCGCCAGGACAUAUAUAGGCAGAUUCACAUAGACAUUCCUCGAAUGAGUCCUUUAAUAGCCUUGUUCCAACAGAAGACAGUCCAAGAGAUGUUCGAGAGAAUCUUAUUUAUCUGGGCAAUUCGCCAUCCUGCUUCAGGUUAUGUGCAGGGCAUUAAUGACCUGGUUACUCCCUUCUAUGUAGUUUUCCUUCAGGAAGUUAUACCAGCAGACGGAGAUCUGGAUAACUGGGAAGUGUCGUCAUUACCAAAAGAACAACGUGAUAUUAUUGAAGCUGAUUCUUUCUGGUGCCUCUCCAAGUUCUUGGAUGGAAUCCAAGAUAAUUACAUCUUUGCUCAACUAGGCAUCCAACAUAAAGUGAAUCAGUUAAAGGAACUUAUUCAGAGGAUUGAUGGUCCUCUGCAUCGACAUCUUCAGCAUCAUGGAGUUGAUUACCUCCAGUUCUCAUUUCGAUGGAUGAACAAUUUGUUAACCCGUGAACUGCCUCUACACUGCACCAUCCGUCUGUGGGAUACGUACCUGGCAGAAUCAGAUGGGUUUGCCUCAUUUCAGCUGUAUGUAUGUGCAGCCUUUCUUUUGCACUGGCGAAGGGAGCUACUGGUAGAAAAAGACUUUCAGGGCCUCAUGUUGAUGCUGCAGAAUCUACCAACACAAAAUUGGAGUGACUCUGAAAUUGGUAUGCUGGUUGCUGAAGCAUAUCGUUUGAAAUUUACAUUCGCUGAUGCUCCAAAUCACUUACAAAGUGGAGAGAGGUGACCAGGCGUAUCUUUUGAAGAAUGGCCACUACAUUUCUCUCCUAACUUCAUGAAGAGAAAUUUGUGUUCUGUGAGAAAGUGUGAGAAUUUUACAGAGUUCUACAUGACACACAUCCUCUCCUUAUAUACUGCAGAUUGUUACAUCCUCAGAUCUUGUACUGAAUAGUACUAAAUAAACUAUAGAUUUAUAAACUGUUAACCUGCUAAAGGUGCUCCAUUAUAUGUUAUUUCAUUGAUUGAUACUAUCAAAUUUUGUGUGAUAUAUAUUUAAAAGCUUACAGAUGUGUUGAAUAACUGGAGGCAGUAAAUUAUUAUUGCCUUAUGUAUGAGAGUUAUGUUUAUGGAGUUGUGAACUCAGAAACAGAUCGUACAGAAACUGGAAUAAAAAAUUAAAUAAUCUAUGAAUUAAAU